UCCCACCUGAUUUAUAUCUGAAAACAGUAGAAACAACAAGUCAAUACCAGUAAUAAAUAAAUUCCGCUAUUAUUGAUAACUUAAAGAAAGCACUAGUUCAAUAAGAAUAAUAUAUUGUUUUAGGUCAAGCAUAGCCGUUUGCGCUUACAAAAUAGGUGUAAAAAGUGACUAUCUUAUGUCAAAUAUUGAAUAUAUUAUGGAAUCAAUUGAAAAGUUUACUUUUCAUUAGCAGCCUGACAUUGUGGAACCAAAUGAUGAAAUUUUAAUCAUCUAGAGCCCAUGCAAGUCAGGUUAACGAGCCGUGUAGAAUUUUGAGACAGUAGAUAAUGAACAACUGGGAAUAUUGUUUUCUUCCUGUUUGAAUCCCCUGCAUCGAGAGCUGAAGAUACAAGGUCAAGACAAAAGAUAGAGAUUAAACAUGAUGAAAUCAAUUGAAGUUGCAUGCUUUCUUCUUCUCCUAUCAUCCUUACCGUCCAUCCUAAAGUUUUGCACUGCAAUUGAUAUCAUCAGUACAACUCAGAUCCUCAGAGAUGGCGACACCCUGGUUUCAUCUGGGGGGAGAUUUGAACUGGGAUUUUUCAGCCCAGAUAACACAAAUAAUCGGUAUGUGGGAAUAUGGUACACCAACGUAACUAUUUUCAAAGCAGUUUGGGUAGCUAACAGAGAAAUUCCGGUAACGAGUACAUCAGGCAUCUUGAAGGUCCUCGAGCCAGGUGUGUUGGUUCUUCAGAAUGACACUAGUAACAUCAUAUGGUCUUCCAAUACAUCAAGGGUUGCUAAGACUCCAGUUUUGCAAUUGUUGGACUCAGGAAACCUUGUCGUUAGAGAAGCAAAUGAUGAUCGUCCAGAGAAUUUUCUCUGGCAAAGUUUUGAUUAUUUAACCGAUACAUUUCUGCCAGACAUGAAUUUUGGUGGGAACUCUGCAACAGGUAUACAGAACUACCUAACAUCGUGGACGAACAAUAAUGAUCCAGCUCCAGGAGAUUAUACAUAUUACAUGGAUCUGACGGGAUAUCCACAGAACAUCUUAAAAAGAGGUAACGUAAUUCUGUGCAGAAUGGGACCCUGGAAUGGUCUUCGCUUUAGUGGGAUACCAAAUUCAAGGCAGGAUCCAACAUACACCUUUGAAUUUAUCUCGGAUGAGAACAAGACAUUCUAUAGGGAAGAACCUAUUGACAGAUCAGUUAUUUCAAGAGUUACUUUGAGUCUGAAUGGUGUCACACAGCGCUGGAUAUGGGUCCAUCGUAUCCAAGACUGGGUCCUUUACCUGAAUAUACCAUCUGAUUAUUGUGAUACUUAUAAAUUAUGUGGUGCUUAUGGUAUUUGCAAAAUAGCAAAUUCUCCUGUAUGUGGAUGUCUCGACAGAUUUGUGCCAAAGGAUCCAGAAGGUUGGGUUAGGUCAGAUUGGUCAAAUGGGUGCAUUCGAAGAACACCUUUGAAUUGCGAAAAGGGUGAUGUAUUUUUGAAGUAUUCUGGGGUUAAAAUGCCAGACUCACGAUAUUCUUGGGUUAACAAGAAUAUGACACUUGAAGAAUGCAAAGUAAAGUGUUUAAAGAAUUGCUCUUGUAUAGCAUAUACACAAUUAAAUAUCAACAUAGAGGGAAGCGGAUGCUUGUUUUGGUCGGGAGACUUGAUUGACAUCAGAGAUCUAUCUGUAGAUGGACAAGAUAUUUACAUUAGAAUGGCUUCUUCUGAGUGGGAUUCGAAAGGAUCGAGAAGAAAAAUAUUGAUUUCUAGUAUGACUUCAUUGAUGGGAAUGGUUCUGCUAGGCCUCAGCUUGAUGUUGUAUUACUGGAAAAGGAAGAAAAACUAUGCAAAUGGGAGAAUAGGAGGUGGCCAAAACAAAGACUUUGAACUGCCAUUGUUCGACUUGUCUACAGUUUCAAAAGCCACCAAUAACUUUUCAACCAACAACAAGCUUGGACAAGGAGGAUAUGGGCCUGUUUAUAAGGGAAUGCUGGAAAACGGGGAAGAGAUUGCUGUGAAAAGGUUGUCAAAAACUUCCAUGCAAGGAAUUAUUGAAUUCAAGAAUGAAGUUAUCUGUAUCGCCAAACUUCAGCAUCGUAAUCUUGUGAAACUUCUAGGAUGCUGCAUUCAAGGAGAGGAAAAGAUGUUGAUUUAUGAAUACAUGCCCAACAAAAGCCUGGACUUGUUUUUAUUUGAUGAAACAAGAAGUAAAUUACUUGAUUGGCCCAAGCGCCUCAAAGUUGUUAAUGGAGUUGCUAGGGGACUUAUAUAUAUUCAUCAAGAUUCCCAGUUGAGAAUUAUCCAUAGAGACCUCAAAGCUAGCAACAUAUUGCUAGGUACCGACAUGAAACCUAAAAUAUCUGACUUUGGAAUUGCUAAAAGUUUUCGAGAAAAUGAAACUGAAGAUAAGACAAGUCGAGUGGUUGGAACAUAUGGUUACAUGUCACCAGAAUAUGCAGUGCAUGGUCGAUUCUCAAUAAAGUCAGAUGUAUUUAGCUUUGGCGUUCUUGUGCUGGAGAUUGUGAGUGGAAAGAGAAAUAGUGGGUUUUUCCGUGAAAAUCAGCACCUCAACCUUCUUGGACAUGCGUGGACACUUUAUAAGGAAGAAAGGUCAUUGGAACUUAUUGACCCUUUUCUACUUGAGUUCGCUAAUCCAUCUGAAGUGCUUCGAUUAAUCCAUGUGGGCCUUUUGUGUGUGCAACAAUGUCCAGAUGAUAGACCAAGCAUGGCUUCAGUGGUUGCAAUGUUGGACAAUGAAGUUAUGUUGCCUCCAGCAAAUCAACCUGGUUUUUUCACAGAAAGAGAUGUAUUUGUAGUUAAAAGUACAACUAGCUCCUCAUCCAAUGAAGUAACCAUUACACAGUUGGAAGCACGAUGAACGUUUAUUAUUUUGGUGCUCGACUAUUUAACUCGUGAACAUAUUUCCCCCCAACUCCAUUUUGGGAUUUUUGUAACACAAUGUUGCGUAUUGAGAAUUCAAUAUUGUAGAAUCAAUUUCUGAUCCUUAAAUUUAGUUGAAGAAAUUUGAAGUAUAUACUUAUCAUGGAGACUUUUAGACA